CUUGGUCAGUCUGCUCUUCCGUGUGCCUCUUGGUGAAUGGGACGUUGUAAAGCGGCAUUAACCGACUAUUGUUGGAUAAAUGACUCACUCAUGAAAGUCUCUUCGAGGUCUGCGGACAGAGCCAGCGGCUGUAUGGGAAAUGAAUGUGGCCGGGAAACAGCUACCAGAACAGAUAGAGCGUCCAGACAGCCUCUUGGUUCCAACUUGGACAAAAUCUGGAAUUGCCCUGCUGUUUAACAAGGAGACCAGUAAUACUUAUGAUGUUUGCCUGAAGCUGACAAGAGAGGUGUUGACCAUACAGAAGCUGGAUGUGGUUUGCACGAGAGGGGGUGACCCACAAUUAAAUCACAGAACUGUCGUACUCCGAAGACAGGCAGCUGGAGGUCUGGGUAUAAGCAUCAAAGGCGGUGCUGAGCAUAAAGUGCCUGUGGUCAUUUCAAAGAUGUUUAAAGAUCAAGCAGCAGAUCAAACCGGGAAGCUAUUCGUCGGGGACGCCAUGUUACAGAUCAAUGGCAUUAAUGUCGAACAUUGUAGUCAUGAAGAAGUUGUUCAUCUCCUGCGGACUGCCGGGGAGGAAGUCACCAUCACUGUGCGGUACCUCAGGGAAGUUCCAUCUUUUCUAAAGCUCCCAUUGGGCUCUCCUGUACCACCCGCUGAUCAAAGUAGCAGAGUAUCUUCACCACUAUUUGACAGUGGUUUCCAUUUAAAUGGGAAUUCCAGCAACACAGCUCCAUCCUCGCCUUCCUCACCCUCGGCUAAUGAACCAAAGUAUGAGAAGCGCUGGCUGGAUGCAGUGUCCCUACCCUUGUUGAUGGCCCGAGUCUCCAAAUACAAAGCCGGAACGGAUAAAUUAAGGUCGAACAGCUUUGAAGUCUACGCCUUAGAUGGAACGAGCACCAAUGUUCUACAAUUUUGCACUGCAGCAGAAAGCACCGACUGGCUUCAAGCAAUAUCAACCAAUAUCAGUGAUUUGACACUGGAGAAUAUGAAAAUGAUUAACAGAUAUUGCUCUCCGGAUGAUCAGGUUAGUGCAACUGACUGGGGACAAGCUGAAACCCUGUAUGUCCUUUAUGAGGUUCUGUUCAAGGUUCACAAGCUGUGGAUGGCGGAGGACUGUUGGAUCCAGGCCAAGUUCUACCUUGGCCUCCAGCAGGAUGAGGAGCUGCAGGACGGAGAGCCUUUCUGUUUCAGUAUCCUGGUCGGCCAUGGCCAGAGUCACACCUUCAGUGUGGAGAUGACCUCUGACCUCGCCGUGUGGGAGAAGUCCUUCCAAAGAGCCGUCUUCAUGGAGGUGCAGAGAGUCGGGUCAAAGACCUACAUGUGCAGCAGCCAGAGUAAAGUACUGUGUUUGACCAUAGACUUUGGAUCUGGCUUCACUUGUUCUGAGAGCUCCUCGAAGAAGAUAUUAUGGAGAUACAAAUUCUCUCAACUGAAAGGCUCCUCUGAUGAUGGGAAAACAAGGGUGAAACUCCUCUUCAAGAAUUCUGAAAACAAACAGAUAGAGAUGAAGGAGCUGGAGUUUGGCAAUCUGACGGCAGUCCUCCAUUGUAUUCAUUCUUUUAUCGCUUCCAAAGUGGCCUCUGUGGACCCUGUCUUUGUCAACAGUCAAAGCAUCUCUGGAAAGUACAUGAUUUAGACACUUCCUGGUGUUGUCAUGUACAGUUUAGUCACAUGAGCUAAUUGACUAUUUUAUGCACAUUCAAAUUAAAUUGAUGUAUAUCUUGUUCCUGUUAUUUUUGUAAGGCUCUUGUUAAAUAAUAAUAAGGAAAGUAUUUUAAAAAACCAUAUUUGACUUUGGAAGUAGAGGAUAUUUAUACUAAUUGGUUGUUAUUGACAUUACAGUAUGAAUAUGCUCAAAAUUAUAGAUUUUUUUUUCCAUGUAGAAAAAUAUAUUCAUGGGUUGCAUGUUUCGUCACAAUAUUGUUUUGAGCGUUCGUUUUGAACUGAUUGAGCAUUUUACUCAAAGCAUUGUCAAUGAGCGCUGAUGAAGAUUUCAUCAUAAGUGCAUUACAGUAGCUUGGAAAUUCAAAAGGAGGUGAAUAAUUAGUAGGGAAACCUUUUGUCAUCGUUUUGACGUCACCAGAUUGGCUUUAGAUGCAGUGUAACGUUAGCUAGCUAGCUAAAAUUGAGGAAAGGCCACCAGAUUGGCUUUAGAUGUAGUGUAACGUUAGCUAGCUAGCUAAAAUUGAGGGAAGGCCACCAGAUUGGCUUUAGAUGCAGUGUAACGUUAGCUAGCUAGCUAAAAUUGAGGGAAGGCCACCAGAUUGGCUUUAGAUGCAGUGUAACGUUAGCUAGCUAGCUAAGAUUGAGGGAAGGCCACCAGAUUUUAGCUAGCUAACAUUACCAUUUUUUUUUUACAAACUUUGAUAGCUAAUGACAACAUUGCCAUUUGUCUACAGUACAUUUGACGACAUGAUAAUUCUGGCAAUGUUGUUUCCUACUAAAUAUUUGAUUACUUUAUCAGUCAUCAUAUUUCCAGGCACUAUCGUGUAAUUUAGACGAAACAGUAGAGCUUUAGAGCACCACUAUGGUGGCGCCGAUAGAGGGCGGCUUGAGAACGUUCAUGACGGCAUGACGUGACCCAGUGACGGAGGUACAACCUAUGAAUAGGCCUACAGUCACAGAGGGUUUCUAUGUUCUCGUUUUGAAUUCAUGUGUAGGUUAUUUGUUUUCUCCAUAUUUGCAAAGUAAAGGCAGAACAGAUUAUACUGUACAAAUCAAUACACGUGAAAACAUUUUGAAAUUAGUAUUCUACUGGGCUAUACUCUCUGGUUGAUUUAACUUAUUCCACGACUUCAGCAUGACUUCAGAGCGUGGCUGCUGCGUGAUUUUGGAAAAAGAGUGUCUAGAGAGUUUUGUGUUGAGGCGCACAAAUGCAGGGCUUGGUGGAGGCCUUCAUGACACCAGAGGGUGUUUUAGUUUAUGUAGACAGUCACUGCUAGUCACUGAUAUUCUCCCAUAACAAAGCGUUGUGUGGAAGGACACCGGGGAAGAACAUGCAGGCUUAUUGUAGCAAAGCUAUCUUAGGAUACCGUAUCUGUCAGAUGACUAAAAUGAUAGUUUAGGAAAUGAAAUCAACAUGUAUGUUUUAAGGUUGGUAAUCUUUUACUUUAUGAAGCCAUGCAGUCUGACAGUCAUUACAAAUGCUUACCAUCAUACACAUCUGUGCGUAUUUUCACUCAGCCUCUUGUUUUUAUUUUCUAUUACUAAAUAAAUCCCAAAUCAUUCCUC